AUGAAGCUAACAUCUGCCAUAUUUGCCGCGUUUGGUAUGUCAAUGAGGGCUUUUCUAUUUGAAAAUCACUCGAAUCCUCUAAUUUUCUGCCUAUUUCAGUUCGCAAAAUGCCUUGCCGACCGAUCGUGCUCUCUGGGCCUUCUGGCGGAGGAAAAAGCACAAUUCUGACGAGAGCAAUGAAGGAAUACCCGAGUAGCUUCGCCUUCAGUGUUUCCCGUGAGUAAACUCGUGCGAAACCCGCUGAAUUAAUCAUUUUUCGAUACGACAAGACAGCCAAGGGAAGGAGAAGUGCACGGGAAGCACUACUAUUUCACCGAGAAAGAAAAGAUGCAAGAGAUGAUCAAAAACGGAGAGUUCCUCGAGUUUGCCACUUUCAGCGGCAACACCUACGGAACGAGGUGGGUUGUUUAUCACUUUUUUCCUUAUCAAUCAAGCGUGCAAUUGUUUUCAGCAAGAAGACCGUCGAAGAAAUUGAAAACAGCGGGAGGAUCUGUGUGCUGGACAUCGAAUUGCAGGGAGUUCGAAAUAUCAAAAACAGCCAUCUGGAUGCGAGAUACAUUCUGAUCCGUGCUCCAUCCAUCAAACUGCUCGAAGAAAGACUGCGCGCAAGAGGAUCCGAGACGGAAGAAAGUCUCCAGAAGCGUUUAAAGCAUGCCGAGGAAGAUCUCGUCGCAAGUGAGUCAUUCCUUAAUGCCGCGUCCAAAGUUCAAAGAAAUCCCAGCAAAAUCUGCGUGAUUUCCGGGUUUUUUUUAAACUUUGGACGCGGCAUAAAAGUUAAUUAUUAAAUCUCGUGCUUCUAGUUGCCAAUAAUCCGACGCUCUUCGACCAAGUGAUCGUGAACGACGACCUGGAGCGUGCCUACAAAGAAUUCAUCGAUUUGCUCCGCGAGGACCUCGAGAAAACGACGAAAAAGUGA